AUGUUGAGUAACAGCGUGAAGCGGCUUUUCGUGCGACAAAUUAAAUGCAGCAUUAGAACAACAAGUAUUCGUUCACUUAGUGCUGCAGAAGAUGUGACCAGCCUGACAAAACCAGUGGAGAAAUUUAAGGGAGACUAUGAUGUUAUUAUUGCCGGCGGCGGAAUGGUAGGGUGCACCCUCGCCUGUGCCAUGGCCAAAGAUUCGAUUCUAUCAAACUUAAAAGUAUUGCUUCUUGAGGGAAGUCCAAAUAAAGAGUUUAAAUUGAAGACGGAAUACAGUAACAGAGUGGUGGCCCUCAAUCAGAACACCAAAACUCUGAUGACAUCACUAGAUGUUUGGCAACGGGUUGAGAAGAUGAGACUGCAGCCUGUCAGGUACAUGCAAGUGUGGGACGCGUCAUCAGAUGCAAUGAUAUCAUUCAGUAGCUCAGAACUACUUGAUGAUGAUGUUGCCUAUAUUGUGGAGAACAAUGUCUUGCUGCACGCUGUCAACCAAGAGUUGGCAUCAAGUAAAAACAAUAUCAGCAUAAUAUAUGAUGCUAAGAUUGCCGGCUAUCAACUACCCAAACAAGAUAAUUCCAGAGUUAAAAGUCAUGUUCAAAUGGCUAAUGGAGACACAUACACUUGUCAGCUCCUGAUAGGUGCAGAUGGAGCUAAUUCAGCGGUCCGUAAAGCAAUGGGAGUGCAGUAUCUAUCAUGGAACUAUGACCAGAUGGGCGUUGUAGCGACACUCAACUUGGCUGAGGAAUGUACGAACACCACAGCUUGGCAACGCUGGAUACCUUCAGGUCCCAUCGCCAUCCUUCCACUGGACUCUAAGCGAAGUUCCCUGGUCUGGUGUACUUGGCAGGACCACGCUCAACAACUGCUGAAACUUCCAGAAGACCAGUUCGUUGAUGCCCUGAAUGAUGCACUGUGGAAACAAUAUCCGCGUAGUGGUAGCGUGGAGACAGUUACUUCAUGGACGACCUCCUGGCUACGGCGCGUAGGUCUACCUGACGGGGCAGCGCGACAACUGCCCCCUUCUAUUCGAAACAUCACUCCUAACUCCCGCGCCGCCUUCCCACUGGCCUUCGGUCAUAGCACGAGAUACAUUGCGCCUGGCGUCGUACUCGUUGGAGAUGCGGCACAUCGAGUACAUCCCUUGGCUGGUCAAGGAGUCAACCUCGGUUUCGGCGACGUCGCAGACCUAACUGCGGCAUUGUCAAAUGCCAUGUACAGCGGUUUAGACAUAACUCACACUGCUUGGAUGUCGACAUACGAGAGUACUAGACAACGACACAACGUACCGACACAAGUUAUGAUCGAGAUGAUGCAUAGACUGUACACCGUCGAUCUAAUGCCCGUUGUAUUGGCCAGGAGCGUCGGCCUACAAAUCACCAACGCACUACAACCUCUGAAGAAAAUGAUAAUGUCUCAUGCAGCCUCAUAG